UAACUGUAAUUGACCUAUGCCCAGCCAGGUGCUUAACCAAUGGGGAGGGGAAAUCCACAAAUACACACCCUAUAUGUUUUUCGUGCGCACACAAACACACGCAUUAUCUCUCUUUCUCUCAAUCCUCCUCAUUCACACACAUACAGGCACACUCAGACCAGCAACCAAACACACAAACACACACCCGCACACACAAAAACACCCACACCCACACACAUUAUCUCUCUCUCCCACUCACUCACUCGUACACGCAGGCCAACUCACGCAAGCAUCCCCCACACACCGACACGCAGACCACACCAACACACACACCAACAGAAAGAGGCGUAUCUCAUUACCCUCCUCUUGGUGGUGCGGGCAGCAGGCUGUGCCGAGGGGAGCCGAGGAGAUCAGCAGACAGCGAGCGAUCGAGGCAGAGCGGAAGGAGAGGAAGAGAGUGAGAGAGGGGAGAAAACAAACAGAGCGCAAAGACCAACUCAUUAAGGGUGGCCAGCGGGAACUGUCGCGGCACAGAAAGGAAGGGGCGAAGGGAAGCAAGGAUCAGGCCAACACACACGACACAACAAGAUAACGGCAGAGAGGCGAGCGGCCAGUACAGCUCUCUGACUGUCAGCAGACACACAGAGAAGAGCCGAGCGAGGGCAGCCAGUGGACCGUCCGGCUUCUACAAGAGAGUGUGUGUGUGUGCGUGAGGCGUGUGUCUGUGUGUGUGUGUGUGUGUGUGUGUGUGUGUGUGUUCUGAGCCUCCGUCGACCACGGAUCUCCUGAGGCCGUGGCAGGCAUGGCGUCGACGGAACCGGGUGCCCAGUCCAGGGUGAUGUUCCAGACGGUGGACAAGACGGAGGAGACGGCCGGCCACCGGUUGGGCAAGCUCACGGUCAAGUACAACCGCAAGGACCUGCAGAGACGGCUGGACAUAGAGGAGUGGAUCGACGGUCAGCUGCACCUGCUCUUUGACUGCGAGGCAGAGGAGAUUCCAGAGCUAGAGAUUGACAUAGACGAGCUCCUGGACUUGUCGGAAGAAGGCCAGAGGAGCCGGCUGCAGGAGUUGCUGCAGGAAUGUGGGAAGCCAAAAGAGGAAUUCAUCAACGGGCUGCUCUACAGGAUGAAGGGGCUGCGCAAGAUGUCAGGCACUCUGAAGAAAUAGACCCAUUCGAGACACGAAACAAGACAUGCCUCUUUCUCCUCCAGCUCCUUAAACCGUUGAAUAAUGGCAUGUGUGGUGUACAUUUCGUGGGAUACCCCAGUCAGGGGGUCUCCCCACGCAUGGGGGUCCGCAGACAGCAGCGACAGACACUGUCAAAGCAGUCACUUUUGAUCAUCCAUUUUUUUUUUUUUAUUGUCGUAUUUAUAGACAGCGUUAACAUUUGGACUUCCUCAUAAACACCAAGAAUGCAACGCUGAGAAACGCGUAUAAACAUAAGCUGUUCAAUCCGACGGACUGGUUUCUGUGUAUGACCGUACAUUUUUUUCCCCGGUUGCCUAUUUAUGUAUAGAACUUCUUUUUUUGCGGGGGUUCUGAUUAUAGAGUUCAAUGUCAAAAUAAAAAAAAGAUUUUCAGGUCUGUGCAUACUUUUUAUACAUACAGACCCGCCCCCACACAAAAAUCGCUUGCUGACAAUGCAGAGAGACUGGUUAUUUUAUUUGUUCGCACAAUACUCUUGUGCAUUUAUGCACAAACGCACAUAAAUCUCCUACCAGAUGUUAUUUGCGUGCAAAACCUCCGAAAGGGGUCUUCUACUAGAUAGUCUUAAACCCGGGUAUGUCUCAAAGAGCAAUGGGGUGAACCAGCUGAAAGGAAAUGGGGCGACCGAGGAGACUGCCAUGAUGCCAAAACUGCCCUCAGGACUCUCUCAAGACAUUAAGUGAUCACAAGGCUUGGCCUUUCCAGAUCACAAUGUACUGAAGAUCAUUGCCUAAUUCUGUCAAUCACAAUUUGGGUGGGGGGAGUGGGGGGUUAAUGGAAAACACAGGGGGCAUUAGGAUAAAUGGGCUACGAGUAAGUAUUGUCCAAACAUGACGCAGAAAUGGCAGCCGAUAAGUAUGCAUCCAUUACCAAAGAUCCAUUUCCUGUCGACGGUUACAAUGUGACCUGGACAGGCAAACAACCUGGUCGUCUCCAUAUGGACCUUAAUGGAGCAAGCCCCUGGAGAGGGCCUUAAUUAUGGGCUCACGUCAGUCAGCCAGAGAGUGAUGCACAUUGAUGAAUCUGCACUCUGGCCGGAGCACAUACCACGCUUUGGCUUAGGGAUGCAAUUUAGGGAUUUGCUAGAUUUGUCUUUCCCUUUUCUUUCUUCAAAUCCAUACAGCAGCAACCUCUGACCAGGUUGGAAGAACAAUUAUACAACAUUACACAUGAAAGACAGAAAAUAAAAGAUAAAUAGAUAAUUAAAUGCCAAGCCUUCCCUGUCUGUGUCGGUUAGCAUGACGUUACACACAAGGCCUGGGAAAGCAAGAGCUCCGUCAGGACAGGAAGAUGACAGCACAGGUGUGCCUUGUAUGCCCAAUACAAAACAGAGCUGGUAAUCUCUUAAUAGUGUUUUGUCUGCUAUUCUCAAAAGUCACAACAUGACAGCAGCAGCAUGGUGUACAGUAUCAGUACUCUAAACCAAUUGCAUUUAAAGGAC